AUGCUGAGGUCGACUUUGACAAAGAGUAAACAUCAGCUACUACUGUCAGCAGCUCGCAAACACGCCUGCAGACCCUUGAUUGCUCGUUUGCAGCACACAAAGACAUCGCCAACAGAGGAACGACCUGGUGUCUUUUCUCCCUUUUUUUCACCUACAGCAGAAGAACAAGCAGAGGAGAAAGCACGGCGCCAUUAUCCUCGUCAAACCGCCUACGACACAGCGAAAUGCAAAUCGCCGCCUACUCGCAACAAGAUGCUCGUACGUGAUUUCAUUGACGAUUCUCUGUAUAACCCCAACUAUGGUUAUUUCUCCAAACAAGCCGUCAUCUUUUCACCCGAGACAGACUUUGAUUUCAACAACAUGCGAGAUCAUUUGGAAUUCAUGAAUGUGUUGGGCCAAUUGUACAAGGAUAUCGAAGGAGAGGCUGACGAAGUGGAUGAAGUGGCGAGACAAGUGUGGCAUACACCCACUGAAUUGUUCAAGCCGUGGUACGGUUAUGCCAUUGCUAAAUACUUGGUGUCCGAGUACAAAUUAAACUUGUUUCCACACAAGGAUCUGAUUAUUUACGAAAUGGGUGCUGGUAACGGUACCUUGAUGAUGAACAUUUUGGACUAUAUUCAACAAAACGAACCGGCUGUAUAUAAGAGAACACAAUACAACAUUAUUGAAAUUUCAGGCAAAUUGGCAGAGAGACAGUCAGAACGACAAGAUGUGAGGGAGGCCAAGGAUCAGCAUAAAUGUGUCAAGAUCAUCAACAAGAGUAUCUUUGAUUGGGAUAUCCAUGUGCCUGAUCAAUGCUUCUUUUUAGGCAUGGAAGUUAUUGAUAACUUUGCUCACGACCUCAUUCGUUAUGAUAUCGAUACACUCAAGCCUUACCAAGCACUUGUCAGCACAGACGCCAAGGGCGAAUACACGGAAGUCUAUGAACCUGUAGGCAGCGAUCCUUUGAUUAACAGGUAUCUGGCCAUGAGAGACCAAACCCGAUACAGAUCACCUGUGCUGUCCAAGCACUUGUGGCUCAAAUGUCUGCAAUCUUUACCAUUGGCACCCAACAUGACCUCUGCAGAGUUUAUCCCCACCAAACUGUUCAUGCUACUGGAAACCCUCAAGACACAUUUUCCUCAGCACCGACUUGUGCUGUCUGAUUUCUCAUCGCUGCCUGAUGCAGUAGACGGCGUGGAUGCACCUGUCGUCCAGACACGUUACAGAGGCACCAUGGUGCCUUGCUCUACCUACAUGGUGCAGCCAGGCUGGUUUGAUAUCUUCUUUCCAACCAACUUUGAGCUGCUGAGAGACCUGUAUCUGCUGGUGUGCCGUGGAUCAAGAGCGGGCAACGACAAGACCGUCAAGGUGUUGACACAUCGAGAGUUUUGUGAGCGAUAUGGCGACGUAGAAAAGACAACCACGCGCAGUGGGGAGAACCCCAUGCUUAUGUAUUAUGAAAACAUGAAGAUGAUCAUUACUUGA